AAAAUAAAAGGCAGGAAGAGAUCUGAGGAGAGUACGAAACAUAUAAAGUUAUAAAGGGUAACCAGAGGGAGAGUUCCGCAGACAUGUCAGCCUGAGGAGGUCCCAGCACUAAACAACCAUGUAUCUCCUACUGACACUUCUCCUGGGUGGUAAGACUGCCUUACACAAUUAUCCAAGCCUCUAUUUGUGUGUGUGUUUGUGUUUUGUACAUUAGACACCCUAUUUUGGCCCUGUAUGUGUAAGAGUAUGUGAGUCAUACUUGUGCAGUGUCUCACUUUGUUGUAUUUAUAGCACAGUCUAACAACCCAUGACAGGUUAACAAGAUAUGUGAUCCCCCUUAACAACCUGCUACUCCACACAUGUGGGACAUAACUAUUUAUUAAUAUUAUUAUUAUUAUCAUUAUUAUUAUCAUUAUGAAGUAACCUAUACCUACUGCUAACAUACACUCUCCUGCUUCUCUUUCCUUGCAGUCAAGCUGAUAUUCACAAAGGGGACUUCCAGCUAUGGUGAGUUUUUGUUCUCAAAAUAACAAAUUUUAAGUCACUUUGGUAUUUUUUAUUUUUAACAUUAUUUACUCCUUUGUGAAAUAGAUAUGGAUUGUUGUCCAAACGAUAGAUAACCUCCACUUUUGGGGAAAAAUAAAUGUGUGUGUAUAUAUAUAUAUAUAUAUAUAUAUAUAUAUACAGAGAAUUUACCUCUGUUAGUCCAGUGAUGUCCUAUUUAUAGUUAAAUUCCCCCUCUUAUAAUAUUGUUAAGCGCUACGGAAUCUGUUGGCGCUAUAUAAAUAGCGAUAAUAAUAAUGUAAAAUAGAUUAAAUUCGAAUCUUGUGAUACCUUUUUUAUUGGACUAACAUAAUUUUUAAUGACAAGCUUUCGGGAGAACCUCCCUUUCUCAAGUCUAAAGCGUUUCUGAGCAAGACGACACAUAGAAUUCAAAGUUGAGUUGUGAUACAGGGGUUAAAGCGACAUGAGUGCAGAUAAGACACAUGUUUGAUAGAAAAUAGACACCAUUCUCCCAGAAGGUCUUGUGUGAGGAUCACAGAGUGAGGGGAGAAAAAAAACAAAACAAGCAAACAGUGUAGAAGAUUAUGCUAGAAGGGGAGAGUAAAAAAAGUGAAUUACUGACGAGGACAGAUUUAUUUUGUAAGUUACCAGAAUAAAAGAAUCACUUUGAACAAAGACCUGUGAGUGCACCUGCAAGUUUUUUGAAUAUAUAUAUAUAUAUAUAUAUUUAUUUAUUUUUUCCAUGCAGAUUAUAUUUUGUUGAUUUUGUUUUCUCAGAACCAUUGUGCCUUCCUGGAUAUUUUCUUUGUGGGUCAGGGUGUCUCCCCCUAUCCUCUCGCUGUGAUGGCACCAUUGACUGUAGGGAUCAGUCUGAUGAGCUUAGAUGCCAUCCACAAUGCAAUGUCAAUUUAAGGGACUUCUAUGGUGUAUUUGCUCCCCCUGGGUAUCCUGGAUCUUCACCCACUCAGCUACCCAUCUACUGUCGCUGGACAAUUGAUACAGGAGAUGGUCGUGGCCUUUCACUCCAGUUUUCUUCACUCCAACUUUCUGGGACAGAUGAACUUGUAGUUUAUGAAGAAAUCUUGAGUGAUUCUCCCCAUCUUCUCCGUGCUCUGGACAGGCAGAGCAAUGGCAAAACAGUCACUGUGGAGUCUGUGAGUGGAAGGGUUAUUGUUUUUUAUUACUACAGCUCCAGCAACCCUGCCAUCUCAAGAUUUUACCCCACUGUUACCCAGCGCACUGAGAUUAGGUUUCCUGGCUCUGAUUAUCCUGUUUCUUAUGAGCCCCUAGAACAAGCCUAUGGCCCACAUUUGCCUGACAGGACUGGCUCUACUCGUUCUCGCUUUGCUGCCUCUAACUUUCAUAGUGUCCGGCUCUCACCAUUUCGUCCCAGAGGCUUCAAUGCCACUUACCGUGUGCGGGCUUAUUGUCUUCCUUGGGACCACCCAUGUGGCUCUAGUCCAGGACUUCUAUGGGAUGAUACAGUGGAGGAAGGUGGUGGCUGCUUCACAGAUGCACAACGUUGUGAUGGAGUCUGGGAUUGUGCCAAUGGUCGUGACGAGAUAAAUUGUACAGGCUGUGCAUAUGGACACUUCCCAUGUGCCCUAAGUCAGGCCUGUUACCCCCUUAAUGAAAGAUGUAAUUACCAAACCUCAUGUCAGGAUGGGACAGAUGAGAAGGGCUGCCGUGGGUGUCAGCCUGGAGGCUUCCACUGUGACCUGGAGCACUGUAUAUAUGAAGCAUGGGUAUGUGAUGGACAAGCAGACUGCAGAGAUGGCACUGAUGAGAAAAACUGUGGGUACACCUUGCCUCGGAAGGUCAUAGCAGCAGCUGUCAUUGGAAGCUUGAUUUGUGCCACACUCCUGGUGGUAGCUCUUGGAUGUACAUGCAGGCUAUAUACAACACGGGCACGUGAAUAUAGGUGGGUAACAGUGUGAGAAUUUGAAGGAAUUUAUGACCAAAAUGGACAGUCUACCUAAUGCAAAUGUUACUCUUUCUCUCUCUGUAGCAUCUUUGCACCACUAUCCAGAAGUGACGCAGAACUCAUUCAGCAGCAGGCCCCACCUUCUUAUGGGCAGUUAAUAGCCCAAGGAACUAUACCACCUGUAGAUGACUUCCCCACUGAGAGCACCACUGAUGUGAGUAUUUGGGCUCUUCAGUCUUUUCUACACGUAUGAUUAUACCAGUGAAAUAAGUAUCUAUAGUAUCUUUGUUCAUGUCUGGAUUUAUUCAUCCAGUCGUCUUUGUUUCUUUUCAAAAGGGAGUUCUGGCCACUAAAAGAAUUACUACAAUCCAAAACUAAUAGAAUUAGAAUUAAUAGAAACAUAAAAAUGAAUUAGUUUAGCAUCCAGUUGUGAAUUUGAAGAGUAAUAACACCCCCUCCCCUUUUUUCAUGUUCAGUACAGUAUUUACAUGAGAAAGACUUGUGAACACUUGAAUCAACAUCCCCCGCUGGAUAUUAGUCAGUUCAUGUUUACAAAACUUGUUUAACUAAAAAGAACAAAAAAAAAAAACUCUCUAUAGAGAUUGAUGCAUAUCCUUAAUAUAAACAGUAUUUAUUGGUGUUGGGAUUCUCUGCUGGCCUGCAAUCUAUGUCAAGGUUAGGUUAUCUGUGUUUUGAGAAACAGAUCCUCUCACCCCUUGAUCUGGUGUGCCAAGAGUUGAAGGAAAGUAAACUAAUUUACAAUAUUAUGUAAUUAGCCUUACAGACAUGUAAAUAACAGAUGUUUGGUGUGAACACAAUAUAGAGACAACGUUGUGUGAGCCCAUCAUUUGGCUUUCUUGUGAUUUCAGUAGAAAGGCUGAGCAUAAGUAGUAGUUGUUAUUUCGAGUGGUGGUAUACAAGCUGUCAGAAUGUGUUUUAAAGGAAAAU